CAAAUUUGUCUUCAGUCUGUUCACGGAUCUCUAAGUCAACAUGUCUUUCGUCGGCAAAACCUACACCUUCGUCAGUCAGGAGAACUUCGACGGUUUCUUGAAGGCCGUCGGUGUCCCAGAGGACAAGAUUGCCCUCCUGAACAAGUUCACCCCCAGCCAGAGGUUGGAGAAGAACGGAGACUCGUACACUUACUUCACAUCCACCGAGUCUGGCCCCAAGGAAACCACCUUCAAAUCUGGAGUUGAAUUCGACGACACCAUUGGAGCUGAUAACACCCCCAUCAAGAACAAAUACAUCGUCGAAGGUAACAAGGUUACUCAGAUCAUCAGCGCUGACAAGGGAUCCGCCACCUUCGUCCGUGACUACGAUGGAGACAACCUCACAGUGACCAUCACCAGCACCAUGUGGGACGGCGUUGCCAAGCGAUUCUACAAGGCCUAAGUUUAAGUGUUUAGUUAUGAAUUAAUUUAUUUUUGGUACUGAUUAAAAAUUUUGUAAUUUAAUAGGUA